AUGCAACCACUUACUCGCAAAACAUGGCAAGCAUGCCGCUCAUUUACCCGCUAUAAUACACCUGGAUGCUUUUUGGGCGGGGCUCGUUAUUGUAAUUACACCAUGAUGGGCAGUAGCAGUAAACGCUUUUAUAAUAAUGGAGGUGCCAGUAGUGCAAGUCGAUUGAUGGAGGAGGAUCCCGAAAGAAAAGGACCUUGGAGCCAAGGAGAUAAAUUUACAAGCAAACUGGAUUUUAUGCAGCAUCUGGCACAAGGCAUGAAACCAUACCGAGUCAUGGACCAUACUGGCAGUGUGUUGGAUGAUGCUCACGACCCAGGUUUAUCCAAACAAGAAGUGACGGAUCUAUAUAGCAAGAUGGUGACGCUACAUAUCAUGGAUGGCAUUCUAUACGAAGCACAGCGACAAGGCCGUAUCAGCUUCUACAUGACGCACUAUGGCGAGGAAGCCAUGAUCGGUAGUGCAGCGGCAUUAUUACCAAGGGAUGUUGUUUUUGGUCAGUACCGUGAGGCCUUUGUACUAUUGCACCGAGGAUUCACAGUGCAAGAAUGUAUGAACCAAUGCUUCUCAAACACGCAUGAUGGUGGCAAGGGUCGACAAAUGCCUGUACACUAUGGCUCUGCCAAACACAACUUUCAAACCAUCUCAUCACCGCUAGGAACACAAAUUCCUCAGGCGGCAGGUGCAGCAUACGCUCUCAAGCGUCAAGGGGAUGGUGCAUGCACUAUAUGCUAUUUUGGCGAGGGUGCGGCUUCUGAAGGUGACUUUCAUGCAGGUUUGAACAUGGCUGCCACUUUGCAUUGCCCAACUAUCUUUUUCUGUCGAAACAAUGGCUACGCUAUCUCCACCCCUGCUAGCGAACAAUAUCGUGGUGAUGGCAUUGCUCCACGUGGUAUUGGCUAUGGAAUUGAUACCGUUGUCGUCGAUGGCAAUGAUGUUUGGGCAGUAUACAAUGCCACUCGUGCUGCACGCACUAUUGCAGUUGAGCAGAAUAAGCCUGUACUUAUUGAAGCCAAAACGUAUCGUGUGGGUCACCACAGCACAUCAGACGACUCAACGAAAUAUCGAGACCGCAAAGAGGUCGAAGAGCGGGCCCAGUUUGAUAAUCCAAUCACUCGUCUUCGGCGCUACAUGGAGGUUAAGCAAUGGUGGUCGCCUGAAGAUGAAAACCAGUUGCGUCUCAAUAUCCGCAAAGACGUCCUUGAGUGUUUCAAAUCAGCAGAGAAAGCACCAAAACCAGCCGUGGCCGAGCUAUUUACUGAUGUGUACGAUUCGAUUCCCACAAGCUUGCAAUAUCAGCAAGAUGAGCUGGUCGAGCUUACACGUAAAUAUCCCGAGUACUAUAGUAUGGAUGAUCACUCCAAUGGUAUAUAG